UGGGCACAAGCCGGGCUGGGCCAGACACCUGCGGCCAGUGCUCGAUGCCCAUCCCCACCGAAGUGGGGUGGGGUCCUGGCCAAGGAAGGGACCCUCAGAGCUUCUGCACAGGAAGCAGUUCCAGUCGGCUGUGCGGCCAAGACACAGGGCCCGCCAGGAAGAGGUUGCCUGUCACCUCCAGACCCAACCCCAGCACAGCUCGAGGAGCAACCCCACUACCAACUUGGCUGUCGUUUCGGGGCCUUUCCGCGGGCAUCAUCACCCCCAGGCAGGUGUUAGUUCUGGAAAGACACCGAGGUCAGAGAGGCUGCGCUGCCCGAGGGCACACAGCCAGCCAGCGGCGCAGCAAGACCCGCCCAUUACCUGAGUCAUGUGACCCAGAGAAACAGACCUCCCUGUGCCACACUGACAGCGUCCUCCUCUGCGGGGGCCUCGGCAUGAUGGGCCCCGCUGAGCGGGAGCCCCGGACUCCCCAGCCACGACAGAGCAGGCCCCUCAGCCCAGGCACCCCGGGCAUUCACAGAACAAAGCCUCCCAGGAGUGGCAGGCCCGGGCCCCGCCCAGCGGGCAUAGCGAACGCGGCUCCACACACACCCUGCUACAGAAAUCCCCACACUUUAAUGCCAUGGCUCUGGGAAGAGCAGCGGGGGGCCGUGGUGGGCGUCGGGCAUAGCAGGCACCUCCUGCCUCCAGCCCCGGGGUUCCCAGGACCCACUGACCAGGCAGGCCGGCAGGACAGCGACGGCGGCCACGGCCAGGGCACCAGGCCUUCCACGUGUGUAUUCCACUCAAUCGUCCCCCGACCCUACAGAAUGGGCAGUUUUGCUGUCCCCACUCUACAGAUGAGGACACUGAGGAUCAAGGAGAUGACCCGACCUGCCUGACAUCACACAGCUCAAAGCUGAGGACUAGGAUUCACACACAGGCAGCACGAGGCCGGGGCCUGGGCUCCCCUCCGGCCCCGGCCCCGGC